CCGGCGGAGUCCCUCCUUCUGACGUCACUCGGCUUGCGCCGCAGUCCUGCGCACGUGUCGCCGCCAUGAGCUGCCCGGUGACGUGCGCCGCCUGGGUGCGCCGCGGCGUUGCCAAGGAGACGCCGGAUAAGGUGCAGCUCAGCCGGGAAGAGCUGAGGCGACUCGUCGGGGAGGCCCGCGGCAGGUUGCGGGAGGGCUCUGAUGGCAGCGAUGAAGAAGAUCAGGGCCAGCCAGCGGAUGGCAUGGAUGUUGCCAUUGCGGACAGGGCUGAGUCGCCUCCUGACAAUGAAGAGCAGGAGGAAAGUGCUGAAAAGCUGACUGAUGAUGAACUGGCUGAGUAUGAUUUAGACAAGUAUGAUGAAGAGGAAGACGGAGGUGAUAGCAAACUUGGAGAGACUUUGGCUGGUCUGGCAGUUUAUGGAAGCAAUGAUCAGGAUCCUUACAUCACUCUGAAAAACACUGAUCAAUAUGAACAGGAGGACUUUCUGAUUAAGCCCAACGACAAUCUUGUCCUUUGUGGCAGGGUCGAUAAAGACUACUGCAGUUUGGAGGUCCAUGUUUAUAAUCACGAAGAAGACUCAUUUUACGUACAUCAUGAUAUCAUCUUGCCUGCUUAUCCUCUGAGUUUGGAGUGGCUGAAUUUUGAUCCCAACCCCGAGGAGUCAUCAGGAAAUUAUGUUGCAGUAGGUAACAUGACCCCAGUUAUUGAUAUCUGGGACCUUGAUAUAGUGGACUGCCUAGAACCUGUCUUUUCUCUCGGGAGCAAGAAAGAGAAAAAGAAGAAAAAGAAAGGGAAGAAGGGUUCACCUCAGGAAGGGACAAUGGAAGGACAUGCUGAUGCUGUUCUCGAUCUCUCGUGGAAUAAACAAAGCAGGAAUGUUUUAGCAAGUGCUUCUGCUGACAGUACUGUGAUUUUGUGGGAUAUGUCUGUGGGCAAACCAGCAGCCAGCCUGACACUACACACAGACAAGGUCCAGACAUUGCAGUUUCAUCCCUUUGAAACUCAGACCCUUAUUUCCGGAUCUUACGAUAAGUCAGCUGUGCUGUACGAUUGCAGAAGCCCACAAGAUAACCAUCGAAUCUGGCGGUUUAGUGGUCAGGUUGAAAGAGUAACUUGGAAUCAUUUUUCACCUUGUAAUUUCUUAGCAAGCACAGAGGAUGGCUUUGUGUACUGCCUGGAUGCUCGCUCUGAUAAGCCGCUGUUUACUUUGAAGGCUCAUGACGAAGAAGUAUCAGGGCUACAACUAAGUAGUCAGGUCAAAGGGUGCCUUGUGACAUCAUCUGCUGACAAAUAUGUGAAAAUUUGGGAUAUCCUGGGAGGCAAGCCAAGUUUAAUCCAUUCCAGGGAUAUGAAAAUGGGUGUUCUCUUCUGCGCAGCUUGCUGCCCUGACUUCCCAUUUGUUUUUGCCUUUGGAGGAGAGCGAGAAGGGCUGCGUGUCUGGGAUAUAAGCAGCAUUUCUGCAGUGAAUGAAGUUUUUGGAAACAGAGAGAGACUUGUUCUGGCUGGUGCAAACUCUGUGGCUUGCAGCUCCUUGGCUGGUAGUAGCAGCAACAGUUCAGAGACGGCGAUGGAAUCGUGACGGACCAAACCUCACAAAAUCAAAGUAACUGAAGGGACUGCAGCUCAGGUGUAUUCUACCAAUUCCCCUGUUUGGAGAGCGUUUGUGAAAGUGACUCGUGUUCAAACUGCAGGCUGCUUUAUCUCAAAGAAACACGGAUACGUGGGUCAGCUCCCAAAUCUGCAGUUGUGAGUUCUGCCUUUCUCACCAGCUUCAAAAGACUGAAUUUCUUCCAUAUGCUUGAAUUUACAAUCCCUGAAUUAGGGGCAGCUGGGUGUAGAGUUGAUAGACAAGAUGAAAUCGUAUCCAGAAAAGCAUUCUGCUGCUGUCAGAGGUUUGUCAAAUACUGCAAAGAAGGUAAAUAUCUCCUGAUGGUGUUAAGGAACAAAACUACACAACUGUUGGCUGAAAUGUCAGACAGAUGCUUGGAGAAAUGGCAGCUGUAAAUAGUCGGACAACUUAUCCUUAAUUUGAGACUGGAUUGACUAAAAUUCUUAUACAGAUUUUAA